AUGGCUACAUUCAGAGAUCUUUAUUCGAAUAUAUUUACUUAUCCACUAUACAUCGGUAUUUGUCUUCUUCUUAUGAUUGUCUAUUCCAUUAUCUAUAUGGUUUUGGCUGUAUAUAUUGAACGUAUUAAUCCGGGUCAAUUCGGUAUAUCACAACCAUUCUAUUAUCCAUGUUUCAGAAAAACUAAGAAAACUUCGUCAACAGUACCGAUUAGUUAUUAUGAAGAGAAUGGUUGGUCAUCAAUGAACAAAACAAAUACUAAGAUUCAUGAACAUAAUCAUUGGAUCGAGAUGGAUUCAAAUAUGAAUAAAGUUUGUCCAUUGAUGCGUAUAAAACAUUUAACAAAAAAAUUUGGCAAAUUGACAGCUGUCUCAGAUUUUUCUUUUGAUUUUUAUAAAGGUGAAGUAUGCGCAUUAUUAGGACACAAUGGUGCAGGCAAAACAACGAUUACAUUUAUUCUCGUCGGUAUGCUGGAAGCUACAUCGGGUUGUGUUAUUUUGCAGGAUCUGGAUCAUCGAAUACAUAUUCAACAAACUCGAAAAAUGAUCGGUUUUUGUCCACAAUACGAUCCUUACAAUCGUCGUCUCAUUUGGACGAUCAUUCAAAAAAUGAAAGAUGCUGGUAAAUGUGUUAUUCUAACGACUCAUUUUCUUGAAGAAGCCGAUAUUUUAUCCGAUCGAAUUGCGAUUAUGAGUCAUGGUCAAUUGCAAGCGAGUGGCACACCCGAUUUUCUCAAGAAACAAACAGAAUAUGAAUAUCGACUUUUUAUUGACAAACAAGACGUGUGCAAUACUGAAAGUGUUGCUCAAUUUAUUCAACAACAUGUUCAAACAGUCGUCUUAGAACGUGAAACAUCAUCAGAACUUGUUUUUGGAAUUAAACGUGGUGCAACACAAAAUAUUGGUCGAUUGAUUCGUGGUCUCGACGAACAAUGCCAACAACUUGCUAUCAAUGGUUAUGGUUUAUCGAUGACAACUAUUGAAGAAGUCUUUCUCAGGUUCAUAAUAACAGAUGUUCCAUAA